AUGGCCUCCCGCAAACUCAACGUGCUAGUCUACACGGGCCCCGGCUCAACUCUAACCUCCAUCCGCCACUGCAUCUACACUCUCCGCCGCCUGCUCGGUCCUAACUAUGCCGUCAACCCCCUUACCGAAUCCGCCCUUCUCAAAGAACCUUGGCAGCCGACUUGCGCACUCCUCGUCUUCCCCGGCGGCGCCGACCUAGGCUACUGUCGUGUGCUCAACGGCUAUGGCAAUAAGCUUAUCGAGCAGUAUGUUCGGCGUGGCGGCGCAUACCUCGGUUUUUGCGCGGGAGGGUACUAUGGAAGUGCGAGGUGUGAGUUUGAGGUCGGGAAUUCGGGGAUGGAAGUUGUUGGAAGUCGGGAGUUGGCGUUUUACCCAGGCACGUGUAGAGGCGGAGCAUGGAAGGGGUUUGAGUAUGAGAGUGAGAAGGGCGCUAAGGUUGCGAGGUUGAAGGUGAUGAAGGAGAAGUUUGAGGGGCUUAAGGAAUUGACAUCAAGUGUGGCGUGCUAUUACAAUGGAGGGGGGGUUUUUGUCGAUGCCAACAAAAUUGCGGCAGAGAAUUGGAAUGUCCAGGUCCUGGCUGAGUACGAGGAUCCACUGGAUGUUGAUCCGGGGCAGGGGAAGGCGGCGAUUGUGUAUUGCAAGGUUGGCGAGGGGCGUGCUAUUCUUACUGGGCCACAUCCAGAGUUCGAUCCUGUUAACCUCAAGAUGCAACCGGACGUGCCCGGUUAUGCCGAACUUCUUGAGGAGCUCAUGGUCUGGUCCCUCUCACGAUUGGCAUUCCUAAAGGCCUGCCUUACCAAGCUCGGCCUCGAAGUCAGCCGCAGUAACUCAGAGGUCCCGAGCCUUUCCAAGAUCCACCUGUCAGCCUUAAAGCCCAGUGGCGUCGGCGAACUCCUGACCUCCCUGAGUGAGAUCAUUGAGAAGGUCGAUGGUGAGGAGUACAUCAAGGGCCACAACGACCUCUUCCAUCUCGAGAAGCCCGACUCCCGUUGGGAGCUGGAUGCCCUCAGCAAGGCAAUGCUGGAUGAGAUUGAGCAGACCAAGAAGAAGUCCGGAGGACGCACUUCUCCUGACCCAACAGCGGCAGACUACAUCCGUAUCCCCAAGCGUAUCGUCUCCCAUGAAGGCUCAUGGCCUGAGCCUAAAGAGACCCCCUACUUCAACCACGCCGUCUUCUACUCCAGUCUAAUAGAGUUCCGCGAGCUCGAAGGCGACGCAAAUUCCCGCAUCUGGGGUGACAUUCUCAUGUACGGCGAGGUUGUGACCAGCACAAACACCUUGCUGGAGAAAAACCCCACCCUACUCUCCCACCUCCCCACAGGCUUCACCUUUGCUGCAACCACACAAAUCGCCGGCCGUGGCCGGGGCUCAAACGUCUGGGUCACACCCCCCGGCUCCCUCGUCAUGUCCACAGUCAUCAACCACCCCGCCCACAUCGCCACAACCCGCCCCAUCGUCUUCAUACAAUACCUCAGCGCCAUCGCCAUCGUUGAGGCUGUGCAAUCCUACCUCCCCUCAGACCCGGCCUACGCCAACUUCCCCAUCCGCAUCAAGUGGCCCAACGAUGUUUACGUGCGGGACCCGACGAACCAGACUUCGUACGUGAAGGUUGCAGGAAUUUUGGCGAAUUGCGCGUAUAGCGAGGGGAAUUACCAGGUUGUGUUGGGGAUUGGGAUCAACACCAACAAUGCGAAGCCGACGACGUCGCUGGAUGCGGUGCUUCCGUUGGUCGAUUCGAUGGGCAGUCUGCAGUCAUUUAGGAUUGAGAGGCUGCUCGCGAGGGUAUUGACCCGGCUAGAGGCGCUGUAUGAGGAGUUCUGCCGGAAUGGGUUUGCCGGCGAGCUGGAAAGGAGAUACUACUCUCACUGGCUGCAUACCAACCAGGUUGUGACGCUAGAAGCUGAGGGAGGGGUCAAGGCACGGGUGGUGGGGGUCACAGGCGAUUUUGGAAUGUUGAAGGCUGAGGAGGUGGUUGCUGAUGGGAUUAAUGGAGCGUUGAGGAGUACGGGUAGAAUGUGGGCUUUGCAGAGUGAUGAAAAUAGUUUUGACUUUUGGAGGGGAUUGAUAAAGAGAAAGAUUUAG